AUUGGAGUAUAGUCAUGUGUAUUUUGUAUAUAUUAAUAUUGUGAUCGUUUAUUUGUAAAUACAAUCUAUUUGGGGAGUGUACAGGUGCCCUUUAUUGUUGGGAGGGUCCAUUGGUAGUGAGGCCAGCUGGAAAUGGAGUCUAAUUGUCAGAGCAAGGUGGGGGUCAGGUUGAAUGCUUCUUCAGCCACCAGAGUCUGCUUUACCUGUGAAAACCUGCUUCAUUGUCCAGCUGCCUGUUUGCCAUGGGUUUCAGAUCGACCUGUCGAGCGGCUGCAGCACCAAGCCGCGCUCUGACGUCGCUCUCCACUUCAGCCCUCGCUUCAAAGGCUCGCCCAGUGUGGUGUGUAACUCCCUGCUACAGGAGAGCUGGGGCAAAGAGGAAACGCUCCAUCAGCUGCCCUACAAACGUGGAGCCCCCUUCGAGACCAUCAUCCUGGUGCACGGAGACGUCUUCAAGGUGGCAGUAAAUGGCACUCACCUGCUGGAAUACAAGCACAAAAUCCCACUAAACAAGGUCGACACAUUUUCUAUUUCUGGGAAAGUCAAAGUGCACGCUGUUGGCUACAUCCCAAACUCAGCAAUAUAUUCAGAAUCAGGUGACUUGAGCCUCCCUUACAAAGGCAGUGUACUCAAAGGACUGAGCCCCGGGCAGCACAUCACAAUCAAAGGACAGGUCAGCAUGUACCCUCACAGUUUUACAGUGAACCUCCGCAACAGCCGGACAGAGAACAUCGCUCUCCAUCUGAACCCUCGCAUGAAGUCCGGUGCGUUCAUCAGGAACUCGUACCUGAGUGAAUCCUGGGGUCAGGAGGAGCGGGAGCUGCCCUUCUUUCCCUUCUCGUCAGGGGAGUACUUUGAGAUUCUCAUCCUCUGUCAGCCUCAUCAGUUCAAGCUGGCAGUGAACGGCUCCCACUUGUUUGAGUUCAGACAUCGGGUGCAGGACCUGAGCAGCAUUGACCAGCUGGAGAUCAUGGGAGACCUGGAGCUCGACGACGUGAAACUGUGGUGAGUCGGGACUCUAGACUCUCACUGAAGCCAGCGUUACAGACACUGUUGUGUUCUGGUUAUCGAUGCUAAAUUAGCUUAGACCCAGGCGAUGGAUGCUGAAAACGGCAAAUCCUGUGCUGACUCCAGGUCAGGUUAGUCCUGCAGCAACCACAGGUCACCGAUUUAAGCUAGUCUAGCAUUUUGGUGGCCAAGGACCACGGACAGGCCCUACCAUGGAGCAUCUAUGGUCCAUGUUUCCAGCCCUGGCUUGACGACUGAUGCAUGAGAGUUAGCUGUGCUGGAGCAUCAGGCUGUGAGCCACCAUGACUGUUUACAGCUACAAGUUAGGUUUGCCUUGGUUCAUUUCAUAUACUGUCUGUAGUGCAUCUCUGCUGUGAUAUGCCCUUAGUGCACUGUAAAAUCAAAACAGGAAAUAUGUGUAAAUGUUAAUAAGCACUUGGCUUUGUUUAAAAGCCAAAUACAGCAAAUACAGACAAUGAAUGAAAUUGAGAAGCUCUAUUCUUUUGGAGCAAGGCCCAAUAAAGGCUAAUUUAUUGUACAGCUAAUUUAAAAAGCUUUGAAACAUUUUUCAUCAUUAUUAAAUAAUUAGUAUUCUUUUUUUACAAAAUAAUUUAUCGGCUAUUUUCUUUUAAUUUUAAUUAAAUAGGACGUGCCUAUUGAGGGCAUGCCCAUUUGUAUUUGUUUAAUUUUUUAUUUCGUCUGCUAUGAAGGUUGUAAUCCUCAGGAUUCUUUAACAUGAUGGCGUCCCAUGCACUUGACAGCUAAAUCAACUUAACAUGUAAUGGUGCAGCAGAACUCAAGCACAGUGCAGUUACAGGGUCAGUUUAAAAUAUAACUAUUUCAAUAACCUAACAAAUGACAUGUUGCAAUCUUUAUGCAAGCUGUAGAAUAUAGUAGAGUCCUGCAUCUGUGACCAUCUCUUGUUUCACUGCUGCAAAGAGCAACGCUCCAAAAUGAAAAGGAAAAAAAUAUUUCUUUUCCAAUGUCAAUGUUUUUUUGCAUUGUCUGUUGUAAUUGUUGUAAAAUAUGUAUGAAAAAAAAAAUCUUCCCUAUGUAUCAUAAAUGAUUUAAUAACAAAUAAACGUGUUACUAUUAUCAUUCCAGUUAAA